CUCGGCGGCGGCGGCGCGUCCCGAGCCCCGAAUGAACGCGCCGGUCCCGGCGGGCGAGCGGCCCUGAGCGACCCGCGAGCGGGCACGGGCCGUGCCGAGCGGCUCCUCCGCCCGCACCCCGCCCGCCGCACGGGUCACACAGCAAAACAAACUUUACACAUGCAGCAUGUAGAUGACUGUCCUUCGUAGGAAAUACAGCAUUGAGAGGAUUGCAGUGGCAUUCUAAGGUCAUUUAAAAUCAUGACAAGCUCAGUCGGACAGAAGAAAGUCUCCUCCAGACAAAGGAAGUGUGGGUUCUGUCGGUCGAAUAAAGAUAACGAAUGUGGGCAGUUGCUGAUGUCGGAGAACCAGAAGGUGGCAGCACAUCACAAGUGUAUGCUGUUCUCAUCCGCACUGGUUUCUUCACACACUGAUAAUGAGAGUCUUGGUGGAUUCUCUAUUGAAGAUAUUCAGAAAGAAAUAAAGAGAGGCACAAAACUGAUGUGCUCUUUGUGCCACUGUCCUGGAGCGACCAUUGGCUGUGAUGUGAAAACGUGUCACAAGACAUAUCACUACUACUGUGCUUUGCAUGAUAAAGCUCAGAUAAGAGAGAAACCUUCACAAGGCAUUUACAUGAUUUUAUGUCGAAAACACAAGAAAACUACGCAUAACUCUGAAGCAGAUUUAGAAGAAAAUAUCAAUGAACAUGAAUUGGAGCCCUCACCUCCCAAAGGAAAAAGGAGGGGUCGUAAGGGAAAGCCAAGAAAAACAAAUUUAAAAGGGCAAUCAGAAGACACUAGAUCUACGUCCUCACAUGGCACAGAUGAAAUAGAAAGCAGUUCCUAUAGAGACAGGUCUCCCCACAGAAGCAGCCCCAGUGAUACAAAACCUAAAUGUGGAUUCUGUCAUGCAGGUGAAGAAGAAAAUGAAGCUAGAGGAAAGCUUCAUAUAUUUAAUGCCAAAAAGGCUGCAGCACACUAUAAGUGCAUGUUGUUCUCUUCUGGCACUGUCCAGCUAACAACAACUUCAAGGGCAGAAUUUGGUGAUUUUGAUAUCAAAACUGUACUUCAAGAAAUCAAGAGAGGAAAAAGAAUGAAAUGCACACUCUGCAGCCAGCCUGGUGCUACUAUUGGGUGUGAAAUCAAAGCCUGCAUAAAAACAUACCAUUACCACUGUGGAGUAGAAGACAAAGCUAAAUACAUCGAGAACAUGUCACGAGGAAUUUAUAAACUCUAUUGUAAAAACCAUAGUGGAAAUGAUGAAAGAGAUGAAGAGGAUGAAGAAAGAGAAAGCAAAAGCCGUGGCAAAUCAGGCACUGACCAUAAUGACAUUCCUCAGCAGCAGCUCAAUGGAAACUAGGUUCAAGGGACAGAGUUAUAGAACUGGGAAUGGCUAAGACACCAUAACUACUAAUUCUUUUAAAUUGUUUUCUAAAAAUCAGAAAAGGGUUAGUAACUUUUUACUACCCAACUCUGUUAGAAAUUUCAUUGAACUGCCUGAAACGUUCAUGUGUGUGAGCCUUCAGUAAGUGGCAGAGUUUUACAUGUCAAUAUUAUGUAGUUUGUAGUCUGCAGUGUCUGGAAAAAAAUGAAACACUAUAUAAAUGAUAUGUAAUAUGUACAGUGUCAAAAGUUAAGGCAGACAUUGAAAUGACGUAAGAUCUAUAUUUCUGGACUGAAUAAAAACUUUAAGAUUUGGAAUGUCUAAGUUGUUUAGUGGAUUCACACAAUGAGGGAAGGUCUUAGCUAGUUUAAUUAACAACAUGGACAAGUCCGUGAUGGCAACGAGCUGGUACUUUGUGAAUUUUGCAUUUUCUUCCUGCACGAGUUCCGGAGGCCGUACAUGGCAGAGCCGCGCUGUUUUGGCUUGGGCAGCAGCAGUAGGAAAGGACUCGGUGUACACGAAGCACGCUUGAACAUUUCAGGUUGUUCCUGUUGUGAUUGCUCAUUCCGCCCGGCAUUGUUUGCGGGAGAUUUACUUGAGCAGCUGUUGGUUCUGAGCUGUGAGCUUUAGAACUCAUGCCAAAGGGCUGUAGUUCAUUCUUUCCCCAAAAACCCACCUCUUUCUGUGUCCUGAUUUACAAAGAACACUUCACCAAGUGUGAUUAAAACCCUACUAUACAAAUGUUUGGACUUUGCAGCCCGAUCUCUUUUACUUCAGAGAGUUACAACUCUUAACUCACUAUGGAAUUUAGCCACCAUAUCUGACGUCCAUACCUCAAGUGUUCUCUGUUGUGUGGAACACUUCAUGUUUUGUCAAGAAUGUGCAUAAAGGUCCCAUAUUCUGUAAGAAGAAUGAGGAAGCAACCUUUUUUGCUAGAUUGGUAUUUAUUUUUUAAUCAUAUGACCACUAUAUGGGAAAGUUCACGUAUCAUCCUUAUUGGUUUAGUGAUUUUUUUUUUUUCCUUUCUCUGUCAAGUCAACAAUCACAUCAUGGAAUUCUACUUGCUAGAAUUUGAUGUUCCUUGAGGGAACGCUCAGAUCUAGGCUAUACCAAACCUAAAGAACAGUCCUCUGACUGCUUUCAAAACACCUUGUCAUUUCUAAUGGCUACUGGCUUCUUCAAUUGGUCUGUUAAAGCACAUCCUCAGACUUACUUAAAUAAAACCAAAAAGCUGAAUCUAGUCCACAUGUUUGUCUGUUGCUAUCGCAUCACCUUAUUGUUUGUUUAGGGUUUUGACUUGUUUCACUCUGAACUCCCAACAAAACUUCUGGAUUUGAAGGAAGGAAACAAGCAAAAGACACUGAUUUGACUAUAAACUGCUACAGUUCUUCUGUGAUUAGUAUUGCAAAAACGGUUCAUAUGUAACAUGAGUUUCUGUAGCAUUUUUUACUUGUAUUUUUAAAAGAUUUAACGUGUGUCAUUUGUCUUCUUAUGCAUUCCCUUAAUGUCUUGAGGGACUCAAUUACUGUAUAUUGGAGUUUCUAACAUUUUACCUGUUAGAAUUCAAUCAAUUCUGUUUGCUUUCCUGGAAAAUAAUCCCGUUUGGAAAGAAAUAUUGCUGUGUACAGAAAAUAUUCAGUUACUGCUCUAAACAUGAUGCCAUUGCUCAUUUUUAUUUUGUAUUUGUAACUUUCAAAAUUAAAAGCGUGACUUGAAUUGCAA